AUGGAAAUUCCGAAUACUGAUUAUGUUGAAUAUUAUAUGACUGUGAGUUCGUGCGAAGAAAAGCACGAUAAGGAACAUUAUAGUAAACACAAUUCUUUUGCAGCCGUUCGAGUUGCUGAGUUAUUAUCACAUGUCGGUGUUAUAAACAGGGAUGUAAAAAUUCAAGUAACAGCCUGUUGUUCGGAAAAGAAUCUACUUGACGGAAUACCCGAUCACAAGAAGCAUUACCUAAUUGUUCGAACAAAUAAGGCUGUCCUUAAACAUGUUGUUGCAGCUUUAAAUCAAGGAUGCUCUGGUAGCCUUUCUGAUGAAAAUAGCGAAGGCAAGUUUAAAGAAGUGUCAACUAGCCUUGCUGUAGAUUCGCUUACACCAGGACAAAAGGCUUGGCUAGGUGAUCUGGCUGUGAGAAUGGUUGCUUUCAGUGAUGAGCAAAAGAAGAUUUUAACUGAUCUUAAAUCCUGCCGGAGCUAUCUCACUGUCGCUCCGAUUCCACUUCCAUCUACACCAACACCAUCCUCUUUAUCUACUUUCGGUUCAAAUGAGCACAGCUCGGCUUUCUUCUCCAUUAAAUCCGCAAAAAUCGUUAAGGAGAUGACGGUCCUGCAUAAUAUUCCAGAGAGACGUUUUGUUUUUUCCAACUUCUCCAACCAUUUAUACUGGUUUCCAACUGUGAAGUGGCUGCGUUGGUACCUUGGUGAUGCUAUUGGCUUCUACUUUGCCUGGUUGCAGUCAUAUUGUAUUGCUCUUGCCAUACCUGCUAUUCUCGGUCUUCUAACAUGGAUUUUUGUUGCUAUAGCCACCACAGUAAAUUCAGAAGAGUCACAGGAGGAACAUUCUUUAUCUGCAUUCAUGGUAGCCUAUGGACUAAUAGUUGUUAUAUGGGGUCUUGUUUGCAAUAAAAUCUUCCGAAGGCAACAGUCCCAAUUAUCUGAGGAUUGGAUGCCUCCAGCAUUUGCCAACGCUGCCGAUAUGUCUGGAUGGGUCAAUUCUCAAAUGGAUCAAUUGAGGCCAGCUUUCAAAGGAAAGUUGAGAAAGAGUCCUAUCACCGGGGAGAUGGAAUUAUAUUUCCCGUUUGCAGAACAGCGUGUCCUCCUCCUCACUUCAAUGGGAAUUACCUGUAUCUGUGUUUUCCUGGCUCUCUUCGUUAAUGUUCUUCUCUUAAAUCUGGAGGGUAUAAUCAAUCCGGAUCGUUCACCCCAUCUUCACUUUCGAUUUAUUGGAUGUUUAUGCGAUCCCGGUCGAAUAUUCAAUCCAAAGGACGGAUUGUUGAACUUUGUUCCCGGAAUUCUUCAUCCUCUAGUGGUCAACAUCUUAAAUCAGGUCGUAUUUCGACAGAUCGCAGUGAAACUCACGGAUAUGGAAAAUCACAAGGUAUCUUAUUAA